AUGUCGGACGAAAUGACACCCACAGAAGCCAUCGUAGCCAACGCGGAGUAUCACGGCAGGCUACUCACCUCCAUAUCGAAACUCGACUAUGUCGCAUCGGCGUUGGAGCACCAGGCUGCGUAUGUUGCGGAUUUGGAGAACCAGAAGGUGCAAAGCGCCGAGAAGGUUUUAGCGCUCAACAAGAGGACGAAGAAGGAGAGGAAGGAACACGAGACGUUGAGGGACUCUACGGCUCGAAGGCUGGCGCAUAAGUUGACGGGGCGGAAGGAGCUUUAUGAGGCGAAGGAGAGUAAAGAAGAACGGGAGUAUGUGGAAGCGUUGGAGAAGGAGAUGUCGGAACGCGACAAGCAUAAUGUAAUCCAAGGGCUUUUGAACGAGGCUAAGCUUGAACAAGAGGACUUGUCUCGAAAGGCGGAGGAACGGAGGUGCCUUCAUGUUGAGCUCGAUGCAUUAUAUACCCGCAUUUUCGAAGGUCCCUCAGAGUCCUUCCCUGAAGAAGACCAGCUCGAAUAUGCAGUCAUAGAGGCCCAACAAAAAUACGAGAAGCUGCAAUCGACUCUGAAUUCUGAGAGCCGCGCCGCUGAGAUCUUGGCAAGAGCUGCCAGGACUAUGGAUGCGUGCCAAACUAAUAUGCAGCAAGCACUACAGUUAUCUCGUAACGACAUGUGGGGUGGUGGAGGCGUUUUCAAUAUGAGCGAUAUGAUGGAACGUAGUGCGUUGAGGAGCGCUCAGGCCUAUGCAGAUCAAGCGGAAAUGCUAGUAGAACAGGCGAGGCGAGCAUCCAGACACGUUCAACCCGUUGGGCGUGUCAACGUAUCCGCUGCUCAGAUGAUGACCGAUUUCUUCUUUGACAACUAUUACUCAGAUAUUCAAGUUUUCAACAGGAUCAAGACUUCAGCAGCUCAAGUCUUGCUAGCAAAUAAUAGGAUUAAAACAGAAGCCAACGCAGCAAUCGAUCGAGCUAAAGUAGCGGGUACAAAGAUAACAUCAGCGUCACGAAAGCUGGCCCACAGCCGUAACGAGCUAUACCACUACAGGCGGGCCACGUUUGAGAGUGUGGCUGCUCAAGAAGCUGCCAGCCGGCCACCCAGCUACGAUACGGUCACUGCCGAUCCCGUUCCUACCCUACCCGCCUCCGAUACUCCAGCAUCAAACUCUACCACACCGCCUCCAGCCGCCACGCCCCGCAACUUGGCUGCUUCACCAGCUCCGACUUAUUUUUACAACAUAGAGCUGAACGAUAAGACGCUCCCUGACAUGCCGCUGCCUUCACCUUCCAGCGACAGUGGGGCCUCCUUCUCUUCGACGGAGAACACGUCUACAUUGAACCCUUCAUCCAGUGCUGGUCCGUCAUCGCCCCUCUCGAGUUGGAGAUCUCGAAAUCCAUAUGCAGCUGCGUUGAUGGCCACUCAGAGACCUUCAAAUAUCGGAUAA